GUCAAAUAAGAAUAUCAUUUGCUACCACCAGCACUCGCCUUCUUUUGCUCAUACUUUCUCUUACUCCCUUCUUUCGCCAUCCCUCCCUUCCUUACCAAUUGCCAUUCCGACUCUAUUUCUUACGCAAUGGCACCCACAAAGAGAAAGGCGCCUGUACCUGCUCCCGCGCCUACUCAAGUCAAGAAGUCAAAGAAGUUGACACAGCCUGUAAUGGAUCUUGCAAAUGAAGAGGAGUCUUAUGACGAUAUGAUUGAUAGUGAAGAAGAAGAAGAAGACGACGAUGGAGAAGAAGGCGAUUAUAUUGAGGGCGAUGAAGAAGACAUUGAUCAGGACUCCGAUGAUGCGGAUGAAGUAGAGGGAUUUGAAGACGAACAGGAUGAAUUUAUGGCUGCAGCAGAACAUGAAGCGUCCACCAAAUCGCCAAAUACUAUGGGCGUCAAAAAUUCGUCCCUUUACAAAGCACCGACUAACGAGGAGAUUCAGGGAUUACAGGAGUCAUCAGAUCUAUUCAAGUCCAACAUUUUCAAGCUUCAGAUUGAAGAGUUGCUGAAGGAAGUACAGAUCGAUUAUAAGAAGACUCAGUCUUUAGAGGCUGCUCUGCGUAAGCUCAAGGAGAUUUUUGAUCGGACUCCAGAGCACCAUGAACUUUCGCUUGCCACAAUCAAGAGCAACAUGAAGAAGAAAUCUAUUACGAUCCCUUUCCCACAGCCAGAACCAGCAUCUGAUAUCCAAUACACAUUUGGAUACAGUGCACCCCCAGCCAUGCAUCUCGUUGGCAGCUUCCCUUUGAAGGCUGUAUCAAAGACCCGCUGUGGCUGGAGUGUUGAUGUUGCAGUUGAGAUGCCAGAGGAGCUCUUUCAAGAAAAGGAUCACAUGAACUACCGCUAUUUUUACAAACGUGCAUACUAUCUUGCUGUGCUUGCGGCUGCUAUUCAAGACAAAAAGUCUGGAAUGUCUUCCUGCAAAACCGAAUUCAGUACAUUAAAUGGAGAUCAGCGCAAACCUAUUUUGAUUUUACACCCGUCCGGCGAUAAAAGCGAGACUGAUUUUAAGAAGUUGCGCUGUACAAUCCGCAUUAUUCCUUAUAUCCCUUCAACAGUAUUCCCUGCACAACGCUUAGCACCUGGCCGCAACAAUGUUCGUCCAUCAGACCCUAGUGUUGAACAGAUCCCUACACCUCAGUACAACACGGCUCUUCAACAGGACACAGCCUUCACGUCUCAUCUUACAUUCCUUUAUCAACACAGCAAGAACUGUCCUGCUUUCAAGGACGCAUGCAUUCUUCUUAAGAUUUGGGCAACACAGCGUGGACUUCUUCGUCAGACGAGUGACAGCUUCAAUGGAUUCGUGCUUGAGAUGUUGAUGGCAUACUUACUUCAAGGAGGGGGUGCCAAUGGAGGAAAGAAGCUAGCUAAUGGUUUUAGUUCAUACCAACUUGUUAAAGGAACAAUCGACUACAUUUCUCAACAUGACUUUGCUACCCAACCGGUCUUUAUGGGUCAACACACCACUUUAGGGGAUUUUUCUAAAGAGGUAUUUGUUUCCAAUUUCGAAGUCGUGAUCGUGGAUCCCUCAGGAAAGAUCAACUUGGCAGGGCACAUCUCAAAGGCAGCUUUGGAUGAGCUUCAGCACGAGGCUCGAUUGGCCAUGAAAUUUUUCACAGAGCCAAGUGACGACAAGUUUGAAGCUUUGUUUUUGAAACGAGUCGACAAUCCUUUGCUGCGCUUUGAUAACGUAGUCAAGAUUCAUGCACCCAAGAAUCUUGGCCAAUCAAAGAGCUAUAAUAAGAUUAAGGCACAGGAUUACCCAUCACCAUUCAUUCAUUUCGCCUACUCGAUCGCUCCAUUGUUGAAGCGUGGCUUGACCGACAGAAUUCAUUUGGUGACAACUCGUUAUGAACCUCUGGAGAACUGGUCGACAUCCAGUGCAGUACCGGAUUUUGCUGCAGGAACAGUCAUCACUGUUGGAUUGUUGUUGAACCAUGCAGAAAGUUCGCGUCUAGUCGACCUGGGCCCUCCUGCAGACGACUUGGAGGCUGCCAAAGUAUUCCGUGAUUUAUGGGGUAGCAAAGCCGAGCUUCGUCGCUUCAAAGAUGGAAGUAUUCUUGAAAGCGCUGUGUGGGAGGCUAAAGGAUCUGAUGCUCGCCAAUUGAUUGUAGGCCAGAUGAUCAGCCAUUUAUUGAAACAUCACCUUGCUGUGCCUCACGACUCUGUGCACUACUGGGCUGGACAGCUUAACAAAUUUAUUCAGUACAACAGCAAGAUUGUUCCAGAGCGCCUGUUCGACAACAGCAAAGCAGCAGCUAGCGGCUUUCAGGAUGCUGUUGCAGCCUUUGAGGCCUUGACAAAGGCUGUCAAGACUGCUGAGAACAUGCCUCUCUCUGUUACUCACAUGUACUUUGCCUCUCCCGCUGCCCGCCUCUCGUCUACAUUUAUUCCUCAGCCUCGCGAUUUCAACGUGCCUGCCAAUAACUUUCCAGACAGUGCUCAAUAUGUGGAGCCUUUGGAUACAGUCAUUCAGUUUGAAUCUUCUCAAAAAUGGCCUGAUAAUCUUAAGGCUAUCCAAAGGAUGAAGACUGCUUUUUAUCUCCGCCUGGCUGACAAACUCAAGUCUAAGGGCAUGCGUGCGACUGUUGUAGAGGAGACAGAGGAGGACUCACUGGCGUUGAAUGGAUACAUGGAUGUCCGUGUUGCGCCUGGUUAUGUUUUUCGCUGCAGAAUCUCGCACGAUCGGGAAAUGACAUUGUGCGAAAACAUUAUUUCAGACCGAAAGUCGAGCCAUCGUCUCAAGGAGCAGCACCAAAAAGCACUUGAUCUUUAUAGGAGGUACUUUGUUCAAGCACCCAUGCAUACUUUCCAAGUCCAUGCUCUUUGCCACAGGCAUCCUUCACUCUCGCAAACAAUCCGUCUGACAAAGCGAUGGGUCAGUGCUCAUUGGCUUGCGCCCUUCUUCAACGACGAGACGUUAGAGCUGUUGGCAGCAGCGGUCUAUGUGGACUCUGCACCAUGGGCAGCUCCAGCAAGUGGAUUCACUGGAUUCGCUCGUGUGUUGAGUCUGUUGGCGACUUGGGACUGGAAACAUGAGCCCUUGGUGGUGGAUCUAACUGGGGAGAUGACAGGGAAGGAACGAGAAGAAAUCCGUCACAACUUUGCUAACACUCGAAAGAACAUGAUUACAUCGACUUCUGCAACCUCAUCUCAAACGAAGACAACAACAAUCUCGAAUGACCAUGCGACCAUGUUCAUUGCAACUGGCAAAGACACGCUCUCACAGUGGUGGACAUGGGAGUCACCCUCACCCAUGUUGGUGGCACGUCUGCGCGCAUUGGCCAAGACAAGUCUGGAUUACAUGACGCAGACCAUCUCUUCUUCCGAGACGACGGGUUCGUCGGCUCUGAACCCAGUCUUUAUCACGCCUACUGUUCAUUACGACUUGAUUAUGGAUUUAGAUCCAGCCUUGUGCACACGUUAUGCUCAAAGCUUGACGCCCAAUGCACAGUACUUUACAACCAAAGGUGACAAAUACAAGAAUCUGAGCUCGCUUCAGAAGAGUGUGUUUGGUGACGAGAUUUUGAUAGGCUUUGACCCUGCUGCAGAAUAUUUGACAGAACUUCAGAGAGCAUACGGAGAUACCGCAUUGUUCUUCCAUGACAAGUAUGGUGGCACACAGAUCGGAGUUCUCUGGAACCCGAUUGCUUUGAGCCCGAGAGCAUGGAAGGUCAAUCUCGGCUUCAAUAGCAAGCCUGCGGAUGCGAACAAAGAUGGUGUUUUGGAGGUCAAGGAGCAGGAGUCCAAACCCAAGAGCGGAAAAGGUAACGCUGCAUCCUCCAAGCUGGUUGUUCCAAACAUCGAGGCCCUGGUGAGUGAGAUGGAACGUAUUGGCCAUGGUCUUGUCCGGUCUGUCCAGAUCAAUCGGGACCCUACUGCUACCAACUAAUCCUUAAAAAUUCCAGCAUUUCCUCUUUCACUUUACAUCAGCUCUAUUUUCAUCCAUUUGCAUCGUUUUUU